UCUAGGAAAGAAGACAGAAGGGUGAUAUGGGAUGAUUUCACGAGCCUGGACAGAUUAGGUCAUCAGUUGGUGGAUGCAGGAUUCUGACUGAUUGAGUUGGGUUUCAGUUUGUUGAGUUUGUUUAACAUGAGCCUGAAAAACAGGAAGUCCUUCCAGGACAGCGUCUUUCUGGACGGGUCACCCAGACCUGCUGGCGUGAGGAGGAGCAGCAGCUUAUUGAGCACUAAGAAACCGUCGRCACAGAGCAACAGUCUGGAAGCUUCAGAAGUGGAGGCCUCGCAGCUCAAUGACAGCCCCCGUUCUAAAACGAGCCCCAGCAGUAAAAAACCAACAAAUCGAAGUCACASUCUGGACACUGCAGAGCUGGAGGCUUUGAAGCUGAAAUAUAGCCUCACUGCUAAAAUGCUCCCCAGGGAGCAGAACAUCGCAGAAGAUGAUCUGGAAAGAUCAGAUGGGAUCGUCAACUACGCCUUCCUAAAAUAUAAUAAAACCUUCCACAAACUGUUUCCUGGGAUUCCAGAGGGGGAAAGUCUGACAUAUGUAUUCACCUGCUCCUUACAGAGAGAAGUGCUCUAUCAUGGAAAACUCUUCGUGUCUGACUACCAUUUGUGUUUCUACUCGUCUGUUCUGCUCAAAGAAACCAAGGUGGUGAUUCCCAUUUCCAGUGUGAGGGAGCUCAAGAAACACAACUCAGCUCUGCCGAUGCUGUCUAUAACAACCUCCAGUGAGAAGUAUUUAUUUGCCUCUGUGAGGAACUUAAAGUAUCGUUUGAAACUCCUUCAAAACGUUUGUUCACAAUCACAGGAGGAAAGUGAAAACAGCAGCCCUCAGCUCUCCUCUGCAGAGAUCGAUGGUGUACGUGACACGAUUUCCAGCUCUUCUAGUUUCGAGGGCAUAGAGCAGGACUCGUGCAGCAUCGAUUUAGACAGCAGCUUCCUUCAGAUGAUGGGUGAAGUUCCUGGUACAAGCAGUUCUUCUCGUAAAAGCAGCUUACCAGAGGAAGACCACAGAGCUGUAUUGCUGGUUCGGAGGGUCACAGAAAAAAUCACGUCGUUUUUCUUCAGAGAUGCUAAAAAUUGCAGCGUACUCUUCUACAUCUACAUAUUGCUAAUGUUGCUGCUGCUGCUGGCGUCUGGAUACAUCGGGCUGAGGAUCAUGGCUCUGGAGGAGCAGCUGAGCUCUUUGGGGGCCCUGUCUGAUUUGUCCAGAGAGUUCCAGGAAACGUAGCCACCAGCUGUGCACUGUUCCACAGCGUCUUAACACCAAACCUCACUUCCUGCACCCCUAAAUAAAAAUAUAUUUUCAAACGACGUUGUUUCAUCUGCUUUGAACACAAACACCUCUCAGAAGAAAACUAAGUUCCUGGAUUAAGGUGGAUGUUCCACAGUUCAGCAGGAAACUGAAGGCAGACUCUCUUUCAUGGCAACCUGCUGAGAGCGUUUUUAUUUCUUUGGACACUGAACGGCUGAUCUCAGCAAGAAAAAGUUACUGAAGUCUCUGCUGUCAUUUUUGGGAAUUACCUCAGCCUGGAACCACGAGAGCAAACUGAAGUUUAACUCAGCUAGAAAAGAACUUAUCUGUUAUUUCAGGAUUAUGUGAAGGCCCGUAUUAAUUAUGAUCUCACUGUGAGAAUGAGCGAGUUUGUGACCAAUUCUCACCAGCAGAGGGCGAUCACACCUAACAAAUGUUUUGCAGAUUUGUCUCAAAACUGUUGUUUAGAUUUCAAUAAAGUGGCCAAACAACUCA